AUGGCAAAUCCUGGGCCUGGGCCCGGCCCCGGGGCCAUCGUCAUGUCCCCAAGUGCCAGCGCUAGUGCUAUCGGCGACCCUAGUUCUACCAGGAAGCAACACCAGCAGCUCUCGCCCUCGAAGGCACCGAUCCCUUCCAUGACGCCAGUGCCCAUUCCCAAUGAGACCAUCCUUCGCAACACCAUCCGCUACACCAUGUCGGUGCGCGAGUACGAGGCCCUGCACAGGUACGUCCUAUCGCGGUCGAAAGGGCUGCAGAAACGGGUGCCCACUCCAGACGAAGUUAAGGAUCUCGUGGAGGGGCCGCCACGCCAGAGGGCACGGGAGCAGCAUAAGCUUGCGAUGAAGCUCAAGGAGGCUAAGGGGGAGAAGAUGGAUAAGGUGAGGGAGGAGAAAUUGUUGAGGAGGAUGGAGCAGGCUUUGAUUGGGAACGAGGAGUACAGUGCGGCGGCAGUCAGGCAUUCGAUACGGGUGUUCAUUGUCACGGGGGUGUUGAUGAGGAUUUGGGGGGUUGUAAAGGGGAGGCUGAGGAAGGAACGCCCGUCCAAAGCCCAAGCAAAACAACCCUUCCACAAAUCCCCCGCCCUGCGCCUCUCCCUCUCCCUCAGUACAAUCCUCCUCCUCUACCGCAUCCUCUACCGAUUUCUGGCCCGCCUGCGCGCCCAUCUCCUCGACCCAUCCUCCGGCUCAACCUUCCGCUUGCGCAACCCAACCACCGCCCAAGUCCUGACUUCGCCCUACGCCCCCGCCGUCGGCGCCUCCCUCGCCGGGUUGGCACUGGGCAUCUAUCCGAGCAAGAAGGCCGGCGGAGGCACGAUCCGGAGCAUGAUCAGCACCUAUGUGUUGUUUAGGGCGCUAGAGUUUGGGUGGAAUUGUGCUGAGCAGCUUGGGCUUGUUUGGGGCUGGGAGAGGAGGGGCGAGGGAGAGCCGUGGAGGAUGAGGGAACGGCCGGCGUGGUUUGGGAGCUGGUUAAUGGCGCCUUUUGCGUGUGGGCAGUUGUUUUGGACGUUGGUGUUUGAAAGGGAGAUCUUCCCUGAGCCCGUUGCCAAGCUGCUCUUGAGCGGCUCGUCUGCCUAUCUGACCCCCAGACCGAAAGACUACCCUGCAAAGCUGAAGUGGCCUUCUGCCCGCGAGAUCGUCGAUAGUCUGGCCGAGAUGGCCCGUCUGCGUUGGCCAAAGUUCAGCUCCCCCGUCCUCUUCCCCUCCAAGGAGGACAUCCUCCCCCCCUCGCUCGCCGCCAUCGCCCCCCUCACGGCCCAAGCUCACCCCGUCAUCACUUCCCUCUCCUGCGCAACCCUCCAUCCCUCUGUCGCCUCGUGUCCCCGUGCCUUUGUCACCAACUGGUCCCAGUCCUUCCCUCAGCUCACUCGUGCCCUGUUCAUCAUCUACUCCGCCCUGCUCAUCCCCCGCAACAGGGGCGCCUGGCGCAAGCUGGUACGCAACCCGGCGCUUAAGUCUGUGUUUAAGGCGUUGCUAUCGGCUAUGAGGACGGCCGGCGCCCUGGCAGGCGGGAUGAGCACCGCGUGGUCGUCGCUGUGUUUCUUUAACACAUACUUCCCGCGCACGUUCUUGCCGACGCAGCGAUUUUUCUUGUCUGGCUUCUUGGCAGGUCUCUGGGCGGUGCUGGAAGCGGGCAGGGCUAAGUCCCGUGCUGUGUUUUUGGCUGCGUUCAAGAUGGCUGUCGAGUCACUCUGGAAGGUUGGUGUCAAGCGCCGGUGGUGGAGGGCUAUGAGGGGAGGGGACGUGUUGCUAUUUGUGGUGGGGUUGCUUGUGACGGGAGUGGUGUAUGAGACGGAUGCGACGGCCGUAAAAGAGGGAGUUUGGAGGAAGGGGAUUAGUUGGGUUAGGGGGGAGGGUUGGCGUGAUUGGGGGAUGGAGGAGGAAGGGGAGAGUGAAGAGGAGGAGGAACCUGUGAGGGAGGAGUAUUUUAGGGUCAGGCAGGAAGAUUUGGACUUGCCUGAUCGGGGGUAUGCCUGA